UCAUUUGUUUUUUUUUUGUUCUUAAAAUAUUCUCUAUAACUCUCUCUAAAUAAGAAAAAAUAAGUAAAUAACUACUAAACUGAGGAAUCUUCUGGCUGCAUCAGAGGGUUCUGGUUCUUGGCGGUAACAACUAACAAGUGCGUUGAGAGCGGAGAGGUAUAAAAAAUGACUACUCCAAAAUCGAGAAAUCAGAAAAAGUGAAAUCUUACGGAUUUGAUCUUCUUCGCGUGAUUUCGCACUCAGCAACAGCGAUUGUUCUCCAAUCUACAUCGAUCCUUCCUCAAAUAAUUCAAUUUCACUUGAUUGUAUAGCUAAACAGCAUUCUCAUUUGCAAGAAAGCUCGAUCAUUUUGUGACAAUGGACCCGCAACAUACCGGUGAUUUGAUGAAGCAUUUGGAGAAGCAGAAUGAGUUACUCAAGGAAACUCAGAAGACCAUGUCACAUGAACUCCAAAAACUCAUGGUGGAAGAAGAGAUGAUGAUGCAUAAACUAUGUGAGCUAAUGGUUACUCAUCGUAAAAACAAGAAGGAAAUGAAGAAAACUCAGUAUCUGUUGGAAGGUAAAGAAACAGUUGAAUCUUCUGUUGUUACAGUUGAGGCCCAACGCCCACCCAUCAUAUACCAAUACAGAAGGAGGAAGAGCAAGGCCCAGCAAGAAACAGUUCAGGUCUCCAAUGGAUCAGACAUCGAUAAAGGUUUCUAAAAGUUCUUAAUAUUAUUUCUUCUAAAUUAUGUUCUAUUUCUCUCUUUGCUUUACAUGUAUAGACCAUAUGUAAAUGCAAUCUCUAUUUCUACAUUGAAUGAAAUAAUAAUGUCAUAGAGUAA